AAGAAAAUGCAGAGCUGAGGUAGCUGGUUUCUAAUGAGAGAAAAAAGAGAAUAAUUUAAAUUUGCUAUUAUUCAGGCAUUGGGAUAUAACAAUGCCCUCCAUUUUGCUGUGCACCUUUUUGCUUCACUUCACCAUUGCUGUGGCAUCAAAUCCACAAUACAUCCUAUGGGCCUCCUCGGUGGUGCAGAGUUACUCGACAGAAAGAGCUUGUCUCCAUCUCUUAAACCUUAAUGAAUCUGUAUCCCUGAAUGUUGUCUUAGAACAUGAUGGCUCUAAUACUACUAUUUUUGAUCUGUCUGUGGAAGAGGAUACCUUUUAUGCCUGUGCAAAUUUCAAGGUCUCUCCGAAGUCCUCUGAACAACUGGCUUUUAUCACAUUGUUGGUGAAAGGAGAUACUCUCAAAGUCUCUGAGAGAAGAUCUGUAGCAAUCACUUCAGAAGAGACAGUAACUUUUGUGCAAACAGAUAAACCCAUCUAUAAACCUGGAGACAAGAUUAACUAUCGUGCUGUGACAUUGGAUACUCAAUUCAAACCUGUUAAGGAUUUGUAUCGUUUAAUCACACUUCAGGAUCCUCAAAACAAUGUGAUUUUUCAAUGGAAAAAUGUGACUUCUGUCCAAAAUAUUACCCAGCUCUCAUUCCAACUGAGUUCAGAACCAAUGUUUGGGGAUUAUACAAUUGCUGUGGAAGGAAAAUCAGGACAGACAUGGACACAUCAAUUCACUGUUAAUAAAGAUGUGCUGCCCAAGUUUGAAGUUAAGGUCAGUGCACCACAAACAAUAACUAUUUCAGAUGAUGAAUUUCAAGUGGAUGCGUGUGCAAAGUACACCUAUGGUGGCUCUGUACAAGGAAAAGCCCAAAUCCGAGUGUGCAGAGAAUUACUCUCUUCUAGGAACUGUGAGGAAAACCUCAAUGAAAUGUGUGAGGAAUUCGUCACACAGUUGAAAAAUGGCUGUGUUUCUCAAAUUGUGAGUGCAAAAGUCCUCCAAAUCAAUCGUUCUGGACUCUCCAUGACAUUUCAUGUCGAUGUAAUUGUUACAGAAUCUGGGACCGGGGUGCAAAUCAGUGAAAAGGCCUCCAUUGCUAUCACUGAACUGCUCGGCGGUGUGCGCUUUGAAAACAUGGACAAUGUCUAUAGAAGAGGAAUUUCCUAUUUUGGAACUCUUAAAUUUUAUGGUCCCAAUAACGUGCCUCUGACAAGCAAGUUGUUGCAAGUGGAGCUCAAUGGCAGAGUUAUAGGGAAUUACACCACAGAUGAGAAUGGCCAAGCUCAGUUUUCCAUCGACACCUCGGAUAUCUACGAUCCUGUGUUCUUCCUGAAAGCCGAAUUCCUUCAUCCCCAGAGCUGCUAUCUUCCUGGCUGGGUGACACCUCGGUACUCGGAGGCCUCCUUCUUAGUGUCACGCUUUUACUCCCGAACCAACAGCUUCCUGAAGAUUGUGCAUGAACCAAAGCAGCUGAGAUGUGACCAAGAGAAGAUUAUAACUGUGCACUUCUCUCUAAACCAGGAAGCAUACAAGGGUGACUCAAAUGUAAACUUCUUCUACUUGAUGAUGGUGAAAGGAGCUAUCAUCCUCAGUGGACAAAAGGAAAUCAAAAGCAAAGCCUGGAAUGGAAACUUCUCAUUGUCAAUCAACAUCAGUGCUGACCUGGCUCCUGCAGCUGUCUUGUUCGUCUAUACCGUUCACCCCAGUGGGGAAAUUGUCGCUGACAGCGUCCAAUUCCAGAUUGACCAGUGUUUUAAAAACAAGGUUAGCGUACAGUUCUGUAAUGAGCAGGGGCUGCCUGGCUCCAACACAACUCUGUAUCUUCAAGCCGCCCCUGGCUCGCUGUGUGCCCUCUGGGCUGUGGAUCAAAGUGCCCUUCUCCUGAAAGUGGAGCAGCAGCUAACAGCGGAAAGCGUGUACAACAUGCUUCCACAUAGAGAACCAUUUGGUUAUUUCUAUAGUGGUCUCAACCUGGAUGAUGGUAGGGCAGAGCCCUGCAUUCCCCAGAAGAACAUGUUUUACAAUGGUUUGUAUUAUUCUCCUGUACCCAUCUCUGAAGAUGGGGACACCUAUGAGAUUCUCAAGCGCAUGGGUCUGAAAGUCUUUACCAAUCUCCAUUACCGAAAACCAGAACUGUGUAUGAUGGAUGGAAAUGGUCCAUACGUGAAGCCGCUGUUCCUAGGAAGAGAAGGAAUUUUGCCCGAUGACUCAUCUUCAGCAGCAUAUUUUAACGUGAGAGAAAACGCCAACCAUGUACAACAGGCUAUGAUAGAAACAGUAAGGACAAACUUCCCCGAGACGUGGAUAUGGGACCUCUUCAGGGUCGACUCCUCAGGUGCAGCAAAUCUUUCUUUUGUCGUCCCCGACACCACGACCAAAUGGGAGGCCAGUGCCUUCUGCGUGAACGGCGAGGCUGGGUUUGGCAUUUCUCCCGCAGCCUCCCUGCAAGUCUCCCAGGCUUUCUUUGUUGAAAUCGGGUCACCCUUCUCAGUUGUUCGCAAUGAGCACUAUGACUUGAUUGUCAGCGUCUUCAGCUACCUGGACACCUGUGCGGAGAUAUCUGUUCAAUUAGAAACAUCCCAGAAAUAUGAAGCUAAUAUUAACACCCUGAAAAGCAAUGACAGCAAGAUUAUCCAGGCUGGAGAGAAGAAAACAUAUGUCUGGACUCUUAAACCUAAAAACCUGGGCAAAAUGAAUAUCACUGUAGUGGCCGAGUCCAGACAAAGCAGUGCCUGCCUAAAUAAAGCAACUGAACAGCAAAAUCUAAACCGGAAAGAUGUCGUUGUCAGAAGCGUAUUGGUGGAGCCUGAAGGCAUUGAAAAUGAAAUGACCCAGAGUUUUCUUAUUUGUACAAAAGGAACCAAAGCCUCCAAGCAGAUAGUGUUAGAGUUGCCAAAUGAUAUAGUAGAAGGAUCAGCCAGAGCCUUUUUAAUUGUCGUGGGGGAUAUCCUAGGAGUUGCAACGCAGAAUCUGGAGAAUCUUCUCCAAAUGCCCUAUGGAUGGGGAGAGCAGAAUAUUGCCCUUCUUGCUUCAAAUACCUAUGUCCUUGAUUACCUGAGCUCUACUAAACAAUUGACAGAGGAAGUUAAAUCUAAGGCAUUCUUUCUCUUGUCUAAUGGUUAUCAAAAGCAGUUGUCUUUCAAAAAUUUUGAUGGUUCAUAUAGUGUGUUUUGGCAGAAAAAUAAGAAAGGAGACAUAUGGUUCAGCGUCCUUACUUAUAAGACAUUUGAGAGAAUAAAGGAGUAUGUGUUCAUUGACAAAACAGUUCAAUCACAGACCUUAAUCUGGCUUUUAAGCAAACAGAAAGCGAAUGGCUGCUUUGAAACCGAUGACAAGUUUUCCAACAAUGCUUGGGAGGGUGGAGAGGAAGAGGAAAUCGCACUCACCGCAUCUAUCGUUGUGAUGUUCCUUGAAGCUGGGCUUAACUCCACCUUUUCUGCUUUAAGAAAUGGGCUCUUUUGCCUGAAAGAUGCCUUGCAAAGAGGUGUCACUAAUGGCUACACUCAUGCAAUCCUAGCCUACACCUUUGCAUUAGCUGGAAAAGAAGAGCAAGUGGAAUCCUUGCUCCAGAUCUUGGAUCAAUCUGCCACAAAAAUAAAUAAUGUGAUAUACUGGGAGAAGGAAAAGAAAGCCAAGACAGACAACUUCCCAUCUUUUAUUCCUUGGGCGCCUUCCAGUGAGACUGAGAAAACUUGUUAUGUGCUGCUGGCCGUGCUGUCCCAGAAAAAGCAGGACUUCACCUAUGCUGGCAAGAUCGUGCAGUGGCUUGUCCAAAAGAUGAAUUCGCAUGGGGGCUUCGCUUCCAUCCAGGACACAACAGUCUGUCUUCUCGCCAUCACGAGCUACAUGAAAUUAACCUUCUCUAAUGAUCGAAACACUGUCACCUUUACAAGUGAAGAAUCCAUGGAAAUUUUCCAGGUUAACAGAGAUAACCGCUUAUUGGUUCAACGUUCAGAACUCACAAAAGCAGAUGGGGAAUACACAGUCGAUGUGGAAGGGCAAGGUUGUACAUUUAUCCAGGCCACCCUCAAGUUUAAUGUGCCACUACCCAAAAAGGCAUCUGGAUUUUCCCUUUCCUUGGAAACCGUCAACACCUCUUCAGAUGUAUUACAGACUCGUUUUGACCUUACAGUGACCCUCAAAUAUACUGGAAUUCACAAUAACCCUAGUGUGGUCCUCGUGGAUGUAAAGAUGCUGUCAGGAUUCACCCCACUCAUGUCAUCCCUUGAGCAGCUUGAAAACAGUGGCCAAAUAAUGAAGACAGAAGUCAAGAACAACCAUGUACUUUUCUACUUGGACAACGUUUUUGAUACAGCAAACAGCUUCACUUUUUCUGUUGAGCAAAGCAACCUUGUGUCCAACAUCCACCCAGCUCCUGUGGUGGUCUACAAUUACCAUGAGAAAGAUGAAUAUGCCUUUGGUUCUUACAGCAUUGAUAAUAUUUCUGGUUCCCAGUGAGACACAUAGAAGGAACAGAUGGAAGACUAUUUCUUUAACAAGCUCCUCUUCUAUAUCAAUUCAGGGAGAGAACCACGAUAUACUACACAUCUUGAAUAAGCCACAAUCUUCUAUGUCUUCUUGUCAAAUUUUGUUUCUUUUCUAUCCCAUUAAAUGCUAUGAUUUCAUAUCUGAGUCCAUGAUUUUCUUUUCUUCUAAUACCUCAUUCAUGAUUUUCAUUCUAGAAAGCUCAGGGCUUUGUUUGCUAGCAGCUUGAAUAAUUUACUUUAUUAUUGUCAACUUAAAUUCAAGUUUUAGAAGUUAGAGAACACAGAAUAGGAAUCCUCCAACAUCUAGAGAAGGAGGUACAGGAAAGGAGAGAAAGAUACUAGCUGAAACUUGAAUGGACUCUGAAAGCUCGAGGAAACAAAAAUAAACACACAAUCACAAUAAAACACU